GUAACUGACAUCUAGCCUAACUUUAAAACUGUGCACUCAGUCACACCCGACAGAUUUUGCGAUGCGUGAGUGGGAUGAUGAUGUAGGCGAGUCUUAACAACACAAACUUCAGUCAUUUCACUUCACUUUCCUCCAGCGAUCUGAUACGCGUGCCUCUUCUGCAGCGGAAUAUAAACCAAAGGACAAUCAUGAAGCCCUUGGCAUUGCUGACACUUCUGCUCAUCACGAGUGGUUCUGCAGUGGGGCAAAUGUUGAAAUCUAAUGUGACUGGCUAUGUUGGAAAGGAUGUACUUUUAUCAUUUAACUGUUCUAAAGACCCUAAAGAGCUGAUAUGGCAGAAAGGUUUGAGAGUAGUGAAUUUUCAUUCACAAGACAAAAUCAAGAUAGAUGAUUCCUACGUGGACAGGACGCAACUCUUCAUAAACAUGGAGAAGAGAAACUGUUCCCUACUGCUCCGCAACAUCUCUACAGCAGAUGUAGGACUGUACACCUGUUAUGCCAUAGACACUGUUGAUAACGACGUCUGGACAAAGGAGUCUACAGAAGUUAAUUUAACAGUGGAGAUCAACCCUGAAAAAAGCGUCCAAACUGAAGAAGAAUCUGACACAGCUGUCCCUGUUAGUGUUCCCAUAGCGGUAGUACUGCUUAUACUGGCUGUUAUCCUGCUUCUAAUCCUACUGAUCAGAAGACAACAUCGGACACGCACGGACACUGAUUUACCGGCUGAGAAACCUAUGCUACAGAAUGUGUGAAGUGCUCUUGCUUGACAGUUUAAUGGACUUACUUCUAUGUUGUAAUGCAAGGUCCUUCACAACAACAACAAUGGACAAUAAGAGGCCUUAGCCCUAAACAAAUGCGUUCGCAUGUGGGCAUUACACAAUGGUGCGUGCUGAUCCGUCUCACUUUGAGACAGAUUAAUGUUCAGUUUUCAGUUGUAACACUGUUACUUGUUUACCACUGAAUUGUGAAUACACUGCGGAUAUACAUUCAGUAGGCAUUACAGUUUUGUAAUUUGACAAGAUUCUCCUUGUAGGAACUGUCUUUAUUCAUUCUUUGAAGAACAGAUGUGAGGGGUAGGGGACAUGCAGUUUGUAUUUUGCCUUUUCCUCUCUCUUUGAGACAAACUGGUGGUCUCAAUCCUAAACAAGCUUUCCAAAUAAUUUUAUUUUAUUGUUCAUAUGUGUACAGCAAUCAUUUACUAAGCACUCAUCAUGCAAGCUUCUUUACAUUUACUCUUGAAUUGGUUGUUUUACUCAGCCUGUGCUGAUUUCAUUUAUGUGGAAGAAAUAAUAUGGCACUCCCUAUGGGAUAUAUUUGCUUUUUUUACUGUACUAAAUUUCAUUUACUUUUAAAUGAAUUCUGUAAAGUGCUUCAAACCUGUCAAGGCAAUAAACCUUUUACAUAUACAGUU